AUGACGGCGGCAAGUCGGAUCGGGUCCAGCAGAGCAAGACUUGCUCGUUAUGUACGCCGGAGAGGGACGACUUUCCUCUCCGCUACGUUAGAAGAAUCAACAGCCAGUCUGGAGAAGGAAGAUCCAUUAACAAUGAAAGUGUAUUCGAUUCCAAUAGCGAUACAAUACCGCAUGAACUCUCGCCCAAGUCGGAGUGCAGCUCCGAGUUUGGGUCCCCGUCGCUGUAUCCGUUGUCCUUCGUCAUUGUUCCUCUUGCUCUUCUCCCUGAUUCAAGGAAAAUGUCAGUUCGGGGAAUCGAGUGAAGGUCUACGUGUAGAUUGUAGAAGAUUAGGAGACCUCAUCGUUCGAGCUGGGUCGAAAACGAUCUCAUCCGUUGUCGUGAUUGGCUCUAACCGUACCGAAUAUGGAGUUCUUGCUUGGACCAAAGCAUCUCUUCUUCUCUCAAUUAGUCGAGCCGGCAGGACAGCAGAUGCGAGGAAGUCGACUGGCAUGUGGAAUGCCCCCUCCUAUACUCCGUUUGCUUCUUUGCAUACAGUGCGCAUUGUUCAAUGCCGCAAACAGCCGCCCUCUAGCCUAGUGGAUUUUCAAACCCCUACCAUCGUGCCCUGCGAACAAAAGCUGCAGCUCACCAAGCCUGUACAGCACUACAACAAGACGCAUGCCUUCAGCUCCGCUAGCAGCAGCGACAGCAGGUCUUCCCACGAUAUUGCCUUCGAGCACAAUUUCGAGUGCGGCAACUCGCAAGCGGCACAGGCUACCCAGCGGCUGACACAGCCGCCAGUCACAUCACAAAGGAGUCACAUCAACGUUUUCGACGAAUGGGCGUGGCCGAUCAAUCAAGGCGUCACAGCACCCUUUGCCACGAACGAGUACACCUCAGCUCCGGCUUCGAAUCUUGGCACCGCUCCGUAUCAACAAAACAUCGGGUUUGGCUUCGAACUCUCUCAAAUUGGACCCACGGAGAAUGAGCCCAUUCGCAUCGGUGCUGAUGUCUGCUCUGUUUGGCCUUCUCAGAGCAUCCAGCUGAGUGGCUUGACGGGGGCUGCGAACAUUCUUGACCCGCAAGACUCUAUGACGGACUUGGGGAUCGACUUUGAUGUUCCAAUCACGCUUGGUACGGCUGGAGCUUGUGUUCAUGACUAUCCAGUCUCUCCUCGGGAGGCACUCCCCACCCCUGGUCUUGUGCACUCGCCGUCUAACGCACGUAUCCUUGAUGCUAGCCCAUCAGCUUCGGGGCUUGCCACAGCAAGAUCGGCCUCUACGUCCUCGGUUCCCGCGACGCCUACAAAUUUUGCGCUGCUCGAACUUGACGGUUCGACGCAACCAAACGUGACCACUUCUGCUUCCAAGAACCAACAGCAAAUUGAAAUUCAAGGUCACUGGAAUGCGUUCAACGACCCACCAAACGCACUCGGACUCGCAAGCGCAUUUGGGUUCACCAACCUGGUUUCAACGCCGGACAGACCUGCCGAGGCUCUGCCUACCUCGAAGGCAUCUACGACGAUCAGUAGUGAUAUUCUGCAGCCGCGAUCACAAUGCCUAUGUUCGGUGGCUCUGGAGCGAAGCUCGUCGAAUUUCUCAUCUCUCAACUUUCCGGCAAGCGUAGCAACUCCCGCUCCAGGCUGGCUCGACCCCAACGCGACUCCAAAUGAGAUGCUUGUGGGAUCCGCGGAUGUUAGCCUUCAGGCCCCGAACUUUGUUCCUACAUUCCAACAUUCCGCUCCGCCAGACGGUUGGGCAGUAGCGCCCAUGACAACGACGAUCUGCUCGGGACACGAUUUUUACCGAAACUCGUCGGUUGCGAGUACGGCAUCGAAUUCGUCACAAACGUAUACGUUUAAUUCGCCGGUUCCAUCUGCUCGGCAGAUGUCGUCGCAUGAAUCCAACGGAGGAACACGGAGAAGAUCACUCACAAUGAGCAGCUUAUCGGGGCACUCAUCCUGCCUGGUCGAUCGCGUACGAGUCAUGAGCGUCGCAAGAUCGCAACCUUCCGGCGGGCCACACCAAGGUGUGAGCUCAGCUGCAAGGAUAGCUUCACCUGGGAAGUACAACUCGAUGCCCCGCCUCCGAACAAGGCCUUCGGCGCCUGCCUUGUCGAGCGCGUUCUCCAUCGAUACCAAGGGUACCGGCAGUCUCAGGGAGAGAAGUUCGGGUGGGUCGAGGAGUCGUCUUUCUGGCUUGUUCGUGAAGCAAGGCUCAGAUGCCUCUAUGUGCGGAGGGAGCUUGGUGCAGCCUUCGCCAACGAUGUCGGAUUCUUCACAGGAUUUCACCUCACCGACGAGUCUGUUCUUGGCUGCCGCUCCACCCACACCUCUGGAGGCGAGCUUUUCGGAUGCAGGACAAGUCGGCGAUGUUCAAGCAGAUGACUUGAUGACAGACGCAGAGACGGUCAAUCGGGCAAAGAUCGCUGUGCAUCAUCACCGCACGAAAUUGCAACGAAGCGUUCUCAACGAGGUGGUGAUUUCGCUCCAAGGCGCGUACAAGCACUGCCGACGUCAAAUUCUGACCGAGAUGCAGGCGGGCCGUAUUGAGCAGGGCUCGAUCUUGGCCGCUGAGCUGACUCAGCUCGACUCGAUGCAAGAAGAGCUUUGUGCAGCUGGUGACGACGAGCCGCGUUCGUCUGUCAGCGGAGCGGUGGUGGCAGGCGAGACGAGAGAAAUGCGCAAGAACCGCCAGAAGGCCGAGUCCAAGAUGCGCAUGCGUCGAAAGGAGGUAGCCCAGUUCGCUGCUCUCACCACGUAUGCCAGGAUCGCGUUGCCUCAUUCUGUAGGAGCGAUUUUCCAAACGAGUCCCUUGUCUGACGGGGCGAUAGGACAUUCGUUGGCACAGGUCUUCCUGGAGCAUCGUCAAGAAUGGACCACGCUGAUCGCGUUGGAGAAACGACUCUUCCACACGGUGCGCGUCAAGCUUGGCUUGCAAGAGCUGAUGGUCAAGAAGCUGCUCGAGUCGCUAGAGUCGACAUUUGUAUCUGUAUAG